AUGGCUUCCACCGCUGCUGCGGAAAUCAUUGGUGGCAACGAGGAACUGGCGGUGGAGAUCCUUCAAUAUCUGUCAGCAAAAUCCCUCAUUCGGUUUAAGUCAGUCUCUAAAGCAUGGCUCUCUUUCGUCUCCACUCCUCGUUUCUCUCUCCUCUGGCAAUCACAUCAUCAUCCCAAAGUCUCUGGCAUUUUCUUCAACCCUAGAUCCCGAACUGAAACCAUUAAAUACGUUCCUCUCACUCGCUCCAACGACUUGAGGAAUCAAUGUGAUAUUGCAACCGUUAUUAAUGGUGGAGGAGAAAACAAUUCACCACCUUUCUUUAUGUAUGCUAGAAUCAUAGACUCUCGUAAUGGUUUUCUACUCGUCUUUUUUAAUAAGAAGCAGAGCAGUAGUUCCGAAUGGAGUCGGUCGUACCACGUUUAUAAUCCUACUACCAAGCAAUUCUCUACUCUUCCGUGGCCUUUUCCGGCCACUUUUGCUGGCUUUAUUGCUGACCAUGUAUAUUUGGUUUUCGAUCCUUUAAAAUCACUUCACCACAAAGUUGUUUUGGUUCAGGCUUCAGAGCCUGGUAGUGCCUGCUCGAUUCAAAUACAUAUUUAUUCGUCGGAAACCAAUGAUUGGCGGAGAUCACCACUGGAUGAUGAUAUUGGUGAUCAUUUUCAUCCUUUCCCAAAAUCAUUAUAUAAAUCAUUAAAUAGUUUGAACUUGAAUGGAGGAGUCUGUUGCAAUGGUUCCAUCCAUUGGCUUUCUUACCACCCAGAAAAAACUUCCUUGUACUUUGAUGUCGAUCAAGAAAGGUUUCGCCCAAUGCCAUCUCCACCAUAUAACGGUGCAGGUUUUAAAUUCGGGCAUUUUGGGGAGUUCGGAGGUCAUUUGCAUUAUAUUACAUUUUACAGGGGAUUCAAGGUCAACAUCUCCAAGAUAGAAAGUGAUUACUCCAAGUGGACAACAACGACGAUGGUUGUUGAUCUUGCAUUAGAGGAGAAGAAGAUGGUCGUCCGCAACAAUACAAUGCUUAGUUUAAUCCAUGGUGAAGAUGAAGGGGAUGUGUUUUUGGUACGUGCUGUACGCACCGAGAUGAAUUAUAUGAUCAUCUCCUACAAUAUUAAGGAGAACACCUUUAGGAAGCUUGGUGAUGUACCACGCCGUCAUGUUACGUCUUGGUAUGAUGGUCCUGUUUCGUCUUCGUAUGAUGGUGGUCCGUGGCCUACACACCGUUGUAUCCAUGGUUACAUUGAGACACUCUUUCCUGUUUGA